AUGGUGUCAGCUGUGAUAUUAGUCGAGAAUGCUUCUCCAGAUACUAUAAUCCAAUUCCAAGAUCAGCUUGCCAAUGAUUUACCCAUGAAGAAAGGGAAGUGGAAUUUUGCAUUUCGGAUAUUCAAAAACAAUCCCUACGCAAUUCCUCAGGAAAUUGCCCAUCAAGAGUUGCAAAAUUCUGAGUCGAAAUUUAUGUACACAUUGUCCCCAUCAUACCUACCUGGGAGCACGCUCACUCUAAUAAAUGGCAGAUCCGUGGGUGUGUUUAGCAACACAAUACACGAGGAGGCACAGGAGCUCGGGUUGCAAACUGAGUGUGUCCCAGACUCUCAUCUAGAUUUGGGGGCUACAACCGGGCUAAAUGAUACCUUUGAUGUACUCGCCAACCAAAAGUUGCAAAGUUUAUGGACGCAGAAGCAGAUGAUAAAGGGAGAUGGGGGGCAAAUAUACGAGCUAGAGAAUGGUAACUUGUGCAUCAGGACAUCCAAUGUGUUUUUACACGGCAGUUUCAAAGGCUUACUUAUUGAAGUCGAUAUUAAUGAAAAAAGCUUCACCAUGAAGAACGUUCCAGUCUCGGAGCUUAUUCUGAGCAUUUUGAAACGGUAUGGGAUAUCUGGGGGUCAUGUUUGUACCGAUGUUUUGGAUGAACUGUCGCGUGAUAAGUGUGGAGAUUUGUGUUGGCAGUAUUCGAGAAUCCUUGACUUUUAG